AUGCAAGCACUUGGCUUCAUUCCUUCAAAGUCUGAUACCUCGUUAUUCAUUUACGACAAAUGCAACACUCAUAUAUUUGUUCUCAUCUAUGUUGAUGAUAUUAUUGUCACAAGUUCAUCCAAUGAGGCUAUCACAAGACUGUUGAAGGAUCUCAGUGCAGACUUCGCUCUCAAGGACCUUGGAGAUCUGCAUUAUUUCCUAGGGAUAGAAGUGAAGAAGCAUGAGGGUGGUCUUCAUCUCUCCCAAGAGAAGUAUGCAACAGAUCUAGUAAAAAAGGCUGGUUUGCAGGGGUGUAAGCCUUCACCUACUCCACUAUCCAGUUCAGAAAAACUGUCCCUUACAGAGGGGCAGCCUUUGAGUCAAGAUGACAGUACAAGAUACAGAAGUCUGGUAGGUGCACUUCAAUACUUGACACUUACACGCCCUGAUAUCUCAUUUGCUGUUAACAAGGUCUGUCAGUUUCUUCAUGCACCCACCACAGUUCACUGGACUGCUGCAAAGCGUAUAGUUCGAUAUGUGAAGAAUACUCUCACAAUUGCUCUGAAUUUUAGUAAGUCAUCAUCCACACUUUUGAGUGCUUUCUCAGAUUCUGACUGGGCAGGCUGCUUAGAUGAUAGGCGGUCUACUGGUGGAUUUGCAGUAUUUUUUGGUCCCAACUUAAUUUCAUGGUGUGCAAGAAAACAGGCAACUGUCUCUCGAUCCAGUACAGAGGCAGAAUACAAACCAUUGGCAAAUGCUACAGCUGAGAUCAUAUGGAUGCAAUCACUGCUAAAGGAACUUGGUGUCAAAAUUACUCAAGCUCCUUGUUUAUGGGAGCUUGCUACAAGACUGGGCCAGAUUGAUACGGCUAUGGUGAAGAUGGAAGUGCUUCUGUGUAUUGUCACCUUCCUUUUUACCUCGCCCGCGGCCCCUACUCCGUGGGAGCUGAAGAGGCUCUCCGACAUCGACGACCAGGACGGGCUCCGCUACCAGGUCCUCAUCAUCCACUUCUUCCGGCAGCACGACGGCAGGGACGACGAUCUUGCGCCUAUACUACGCGGCGCCAUAGCGGCGAUGCUCGUGCACUACUACCCGUUCGCGGGGCGGCUGAGGGAGCUCGAGGGCCGCAAGCUCGCCGUCAACUACACCGGCGAGGGUGUGCUGUUCGUCGAGGCUGACGCCGACGUCCGCCUUGACCAGUUUGAUGCAGCCCUGGGGCCGCCUUUCCGGUGCCUCAACGAGCUCCUAUUCGAUGUCCCCGGCUCCUCCGGUAUCCUCGACUGCCCGCUCCUCCUUUUCCAGGUGACACGGCUCGCUUGCGGAGGCUUCAUCAUGGCUGUGAGGAUACAGCACACGAUGGCAGAUGGGGCGGGGAUAGUGCAGCUCAUGGGUGCUAUCGCAGAGCUGGCUCGGGGUGCGCCGGCGCCAACAGUGCGGCCGGUGUGGGGGCGCGAGCUGCUGCAGGCACCGCAGCUGAACGAUGAUGUACUACUCCCACCGCGCUUUGCGCACCGUGAGUACGAUGAUGUGAUGGACAUGAAUGGCGCCACUGUGCCCUUGGAAUUCAUGGUGCACCGCUCCUUCUUCAUUGGGUGGCGGGAGAUCUCGGCCAUCCGAUCCCACCUCCCGCCGGCUCUCAGUCGCGAAGCUACCAACUUCGAGGUCAUCACGGGGUGCCUGUGGAGGUGCUGCACGGCAUCUCUCGCCCCCCGUGCCGAUGAAGAAAUGAGGAUGAUCUGUAUCGUCAACAUCCGUUUCAAAAGCAACACUAUCAUCCCCGUCGGCUACUAUGGCAAUGCCUUCGCUUCCCCGGUCGCCAUCUCCACUGCCGGUAACUUGCUCGUCAACCCUGUGAGCUACGCCGUGGAGAUGGUGAUGAAGGCGAAGCGGGAGGUGGAUGUGGAGUACAUCCUCUCCGUGGCGGCGCUCAUGGCACAACGCGCACGGCCACACUUUGCUGUGGCACGCGGCUACCUCGUGUCGGACGUGACCAAGUUUGGAUUCCGCGACCUUGACUUCGGCUCGGGCAAGCCGGUGUAUGCCGGUCCGGCGAAGGGUGGAGUCGUCGCCAUACCAUGCGUCGUCAGCUUCUUCAUUGCCGUAAGGAACGCCAUGGGUGAGGAGGGUAUCGCAGUCCCCGUGUGCAUGCCCGGCCCCACCAUGGACAAGUUCGUUAACGAGAUGGGCAAGCUCAUGCGCCCGGCAUUGGCUGACACGUUUUUCAAGAUCUGAUCUGCCAUCUCAGUUGAAUCGUCAUCUGGUAGCACGGUUUCAAUUGACCAUCAAAAUGACUGCGCUUGUACCUGAAAUCUCGACCGGCUACAUGCUUCUGCGUUUAGUCACUUUUUUCUUUAGCGAACGAUG